AUGGCCGAGCCGCGGACGCGCCGCGGGGAGGCAGAGCCGGCGGCGAUCCGGGCGCGGGGCGAUGCGCGGCCGCCUGUGGCUGGGCCUGGUGUGGCUGCUGCUGGCACGGGCGCCCGGCGCCGCGGGGACCCCAGGCAGUCCGCGGAGACCACGCAGCUACCCGCACCUGGAGGGCGACGUGCGCUGGCGGCGCCUCUUCUCCUCCACGCACUUCUUCCUGCGCGUGGACACCAGCGGCCGCGUGCAGGGCACCCGCUGGCGCCACGGCGCCGACAGCAUCAUUGAGAUCCGCUCCAUCCGCGUGGGAGUCGUGGUCCUCAAGGCUGUGCACACGGGCUUCUACGUGGCCAUGAACCGCAGGGGCCACCUCUACGGGUCGCGGGUCUACACUGCCCACUGCAGAUUCCAGGAGCGCAUCGAGGAGAACGGCUACAACACCUACGCCUCGCUCCGCUGGCGUCACCGUGGCCGGCCCAUGUUCCUGGCACUGGAUGGGCAGGGGGCCCCACGGCGUGGCGGCCGGACACAGCGGCACCAUCUGUCCACCCACUUCCUGCCCGUCCUGGUCUCCUGAGACCCCAGGUCUGCAGGAUGCCUGAGCUGCACAGCCAGGGGCCUGGGGCCGGUGAGGUCCAGGCCGUGGCCAAGCCGGUCUGGUCACUCAUC